AUGUCGGAGAAACUCCGCAAAUGCCGCAAGGAGCUGACGGCCGCCAUCGAUCGCGCGUUCGAAGGCGUCCGGCAGUGCCAGGAGGGCGUGGGCCCGCCGCCGCCGCCGCCGCCGCCGCAGGCCUGCCCGCUGCCCCUGCACAGGCUGCUGUGCCGCCGCCACCCGCCGCCGCCGGCCCCCGCCGCCGCCCCCGCCGCCCCCGAGCACGAGCACAGCCCCGCCUUUGCCCCGCACCACGGCCCCGCGGGGCCCAAAGCGCUCGGCCUCGGCCCCAAGAGGAAACCGCUGAGCAGCAAGGAGAACGUCCUGACGCACUCCUCCCUGCUGACCCCUGCCGAGAGAAAGUUCUGGAGAGCCGCGGCGGACGGCGAGCACUGGAGGAAAGACGGCUUAAGGAAAGAUACAGAAAGAGAUUUGAAAGUUGAAUCAAACAUGAUGCUCAACGGGUCUAGCCAAGAGGUCACUAAAGAUCUACUUGAUAUGAUUGAUCAUACGAGCAUCCGAACUAUUGAAGAACUUGCUGGGAAACUAGAAUUUGAAAAUGAAUUGAACCGUGUAUGUGGCCGCUGCCAAGAUUCCCCUUUUAAGGAAGAAGCCUGGGCUCUGCUUGUGGAUGAGAGCCCUCAAAAGGCUUCCGAUGCAGACCCUGGAAAUCUCAAACAGGCUUUCGAUGACCAGAAUAUUAUUGAGACCGUUCUAGACUUGGAAGAGGAUUACAAUUUAAUGACCUCUUUCAAAUACCACAUUGAAUAAGAAAAAAAAAAUGUAUUCCUGCCUUUUACCCUUGAUGGCAAAAGGCUACUAAGGGCACUUGUGGGGAAGCAGCUCCAGUGGUCAGUAAGAGUCUGGGUUUUCAAAGUGUUGCUAUACCCUUUUUAUUCAGUUGUAACCCUUUUUGAGCUAAAAGCCCAGUUUUUGUAUUCUGUUACUUUGAAAUGUUCCUAUACUAUUUAUUUAUUUUUCAGAUUUAACAUAUUGAAAGUGU